AUGGUUACAAAUUUUCCGUAAGUUAUUAAAAAAGGUUUUCUGAAAACAAAAAAAAACACACACAUUAAUUCAAAUUUUAUGCUCAAACGAUCAGAGUUGCGUGAUUUUUUUGCUGAUCCAUUUCAAAUUGUCCAGCUGCCACGCCAACCAAUUACACAAAAAAUAUUUACACGCAAUUUUGUUCAAUCCCCAAUUAUAGAUACCUUUCCUUCCUUCCUUGAUCCUCUUAUAAUGAGCCGUCAUCAUUUAUUGCUCUUUUUUGUCUUGUCUUUCGUUGCUCUCUCCUUCUUAGGACAGCCCCGCCAUCUUCAUAUCUAAGGCCUGCCCCUCGCCCAUAUAAAAAACCGAGGAGGUAGAGAGUAUUAUGAAAAGAGAGAGACAGAAGAAAGAGUGAUAGAAUUGAGGAGGGUGCAUGACGGCAGCAUAGCGUUGAUGCUGACUCUGAAAGACACGCUUGUGCGCAACUAGUUCAAUUUAUGUUCGAUAAUUUUUAAUUUUUUCAACACUUUGUUCGAUUCUGUUUGAGAAGAUUUUUAUAGAGUUUUGUAGAUCUGGAAAUUUCCUAUUUUUCCUUAUUCAAUUCCAGAAAUUUAACACACUUUUGGCGUAGUUAUAGCCCUUCAAAAACUAAGCUCUUGAAGUUCUAAUUUUACGUUUUGAGGUGUAAAAAUCGAUUUUCAAACGUAGGAUUAAUAGGAGAUAGACUUUCAAAGCUAAAACCCUCUCAAAGACGGUGAAAAGUGUAUAUAUUUUUAGAUUAGAAAAUCUGAACCAUUAUUAUUAUUAGUUUUGUUAAAUAUAUUUCUCUUAACUUUUAUGAAUAUUUUUGCAGAACUCUAAAUCUGUACAGAAUGAGUAAAACUGACAAUCGAGGCCGGUCAAAAAAUCGAUCAGAAGGUUCGGCAAAACGUGUAAAGAAAGGUGAGUUAUGGGGAAUAUUAUAUCAUGAUAGUGAUGAUUUUUGAAAUUUGUUAGUUCUCUAGAAACUAGAAAUCUUUUAGAAUCACCCAUUUGGAAAUUGUGAUUUUUAGUGUAAUUUUUAGUGCACUUCAUCUAUUUUUUAGUACACUUUAACUCGUGUUAACACAUUUAGUGUUUUGAAACUUUUUAGUGCUCUUCCAUACUACUGUUAUUAAACUUUUCUCCUUCUGACCCUUGAAAGUGACCAUAUUGAACCUUCAGAUUUCUAGAAAAAUUUACAGAAUGGUUAAGAAUAAUCUUGACUAUGUUUUCUAUAUAAUGACUAUGAUUAACGAGAGUAAGUAUGACUAACAUAGGCUAACUCAACAAAAACUAGGGCAAAUAAUUAUGCUGAAUAAAUUCAACAUGAAAAUUUAUGGACUUUUUAAGGUUUCUAUCAACAUUACAUUUGAAAUUUCAAACAAAUUUCCAUAAAAUUUCUAAAAUCCCGCAGCUGGAAAUAGUAAUUUUCAGUGCUUUUCACCUGUUCAUCUUACUAUAUUUGGUUUCUCUAAACAUAUUUAGUGCUCUUUAUAGCUAGCACUUCGUUUUAGUGAACUUGGAAGUUCAAAUUUAUGUUGAACUAGAAGGGCUUCGCUGGCUAACGCCAUCUACAGUAGUUUGACUUACUUUUUACUGAUUAAUUUUCCGGUUAGGGAAAGAGACUACAGAAGCUAUAGAUUUCAUUACAUCUCAAAAACAUUGUUCAACCCCAAAAUGUUUUCAGAUUCCGAAUCUGAAGGUUCAAUAGAAGAAAUUCGAAGAGCUAUUAAACUGGAAGCAAAACAACGAGAAACGGAUGUUACAGUAAAUGUAACUAGCCAUAGAAAAGAUAAACAUCAUGAAGAAGCUGGAAAAUAUCGUGAAGACACCAAGAAAGUCGAAAAAAUGCCGAAAGAUUUGAAAAGAAAACAUCAACAACAACAACAACAACAUCGUCAUCAAUAUGAAACUCCAUAUUAUCGGAUUACUGGAAUGACUGUUAUGACAGAUGGAGGGCCUGAAACACGAAUUGAUUUUGCUACUCAAAGAUCAGUUAGGCGAGAAGGUAAGUUUUCUAAUUAGAUGUGUUAGAUCUGCAGGGCCUACCGUACUUGACAUGCUCCUUCAAGGUGAAGUCUGAGCAAAAAAUUAGUUGUGGUCAUUUGAAAGAUCAUGUUCUGAUUAGUAAAAUCAUUGAAGGAUUUUUUCUGGAAGCUUCUCAAAUAUUAUUUCGAAAAAAAAGUGAAAUAUCUUGAAAAUCCAGAUAUACAGUAGUUUGAAGCUCUCUGUCAAUUCCAAUUUUUAUAAAAAAAAUUUAAUAGCAUUUUUGCCCAGGAGACAAACUUCUGAAAUGAAACCGACUAAAAUGAAUUGAUUUUUAUGUCAGACUCCACCAUUGAAAAAAUAUUCCCAUUAAAGCUAACAUUAAGGUGCCUAAAACCUAUGUAAGGACAUAAAAUUAUACCCAAGUAAUUCACAUAUGUACAAAAAAAUAGACAAGACAAAAAUCACAUUAAUGGACAAGUGCCAAAACAUGACCUUUUUUCUCACUUGUUCCUCAAUGUGCGAUCAAAAAAAGAAAAAAAAAUCUCACAUCUCCCUUGAGUAUGAGUAUUUUUCGUCUAUCUAUCUAUCUUUCCAUUUUUAUUUUUCAAUAAUAUUAAAAAGUAAACAUUUUUCCAAAUAAACAUGAAAAAAUUGUCAGAAAUUUCAUGUAAAAGCAAAGUUGCUGCGGUUUUUUAUUUAUUUUUUUGCGUAAAAUUUCAUAGCGAAGAGGAGAAGAAGAGGAAGAAAAAACGUUUAUUGUUGUUAUUGUGCCGAUUUUUUAUGCAUGAUAUACCGCGAUAUUUUCAUUUUUCUCUACCUUCUUCUUCUCGAACAAAAACCUUUUUUUUUGAAAUCAAAUUUCUAUGAGAUGAAUAUUAUUUUGUGUUCUUCAAAAUUUCAUUUUUCCCCGCCCGGAAACGUAGGGAAAAGCAUGAAGAAUAAAAUAAUAAUAGACGUGAGUCAUUUUCUUUUUUGAUGAUAAUAUUAUUUUCGUUUUGUUGCGGCGAUUGUUCACUUUUGCUUUAUUUUUCUGCAACAAAAAACCAACUGAUCGCUUUUUUCGAACUUUUGAGAAUAUAAUCCUUCUUUUUUUUGACUGUUUCAUUCUCAUUCUGAAUUUCUGAGUGCAUUUUUUCAAGCUAGCUUCUAUUUUUCAGUGCUAUUCGCUUUCAGAAUGCGGUUUAGAUUGAAAAGUAAGUUGAAUUAGAGCUGAGUCAGAGAUUUGGCGAAAAAAGUCUGAAAAUCUGUAAUUAAAUAAAAAAAACAUAAUCAUAGGUUUCUUAUCUGAAAAAAAAAACUUUAUAAAUUUUACUUUAUCUCUGAUAUAUUUUAGAAAUUCUGCCAGAAGUAGACAUUCAGGUCAAACUAGAGAAAUGGAUCAGACUAGAAAAUGAAUGACCAAACUAGAUUUUCUGUCUGCGCUCUCUUGAUUUUACCUUGUCUCUGGUCUAUAUUUCAAGAUUUUCUGUUUAUCAAAAUUUCGAGCUCAAAAUCUUUAGAUAGAAAAUUACACGGUGUAUCUCUCUCUCUCCACUUCCACUUCCAUUUUCAAACAAAAAACAACAAAACAAGAAAAAGUGGAUAACUCAAAGAUUAGCAAUAGACAAAACAACACCGACAUUUUCUCGGUGAAAUAGGCAAAAAACCACUUGACAAAUCAGUCAUUUUCGGUUAGCGUUUUUUUUGCUGUGCGCCAAGCCAACCCGACACAAUUCUUCUGAAAACCUUUUUUUUUUGCAAUUUAUCUUGAUGAGGUAUCUAUAAGGACAUUUUUCGCAGUUUUUUUUCUUUUUCUUCUAUUUUUUUUGUCUGUUCCUCAUUUUUCUCGCCAAUGCAGCAAAAAAAGUUUCAAAUUCAAUGUGUACUCUACAUACGCUCUCGUUUUUGCCGAUGACACAAUACUUACUUUUUUUUUGCAAUUUCUACUAUUUUUAUUUUAUUUUAUUUAGUUUAUGUUUAUGUUUGCCUUGUCCUCAUUUUUUAUUGUUAUUAUUAUGUAUAUCUGUGUGAGAAAUAAUGGAAAAAAGGAACAUGGAUUUUGAUUCUGGAUAUUUGAUAUUCUGGAAUUUUUUUUGACUCUAUGUAUACUUUUUCCCAAUGAUAUCAUAUGUAGUUGCAAUUAUGCUUCAAGUAAAAAAAUUUCUUGGAAUUUUUAUUUUCAAAUUUUUUUACUAGCCUGUCUGGGGAACAUUUUUUGGUUUGAAUUUUUGAGAUUUUUUGUGAAGUUAGGCUAUUUUUUUUAUCUAGAAAAAAUUAUUUGGCAAAAUUGAAUAUUUCAUAGCUGAAAAUUAUUUUUUUCAAAAAUUGUACUGACAUAGACUAAUUCAACAAUGCUGAAAAUGAUCUUGAAGUCAAAAAAUUCCACGAAAAAUUCUGGCUAACCUCUCUGUUUCAAACUCCUCCAAGCCAAAACAUCCCGAUAACAUUUUUGUAAAUAUAGUAAUUAUCUGUUUUCAAACGAACACUCGCGUUUCAUUUCGUUUCCAGUUUUUUUUUGUCUUCUUUUCUAUACAUGCAUGUUUUUCUCUAAAAAAAUUGAAAACCAACACUUUCGUUGUACUUUUUGUUUCUUUUUGUUCUGUUUUCUUUUUUUCUGAUUUUUUUGAGAAAAAAUAAUUUUUAUGAUGUUCAAACAUCUGGAGUUUUGAAUCUUAGUCUCUGCACCUGUCUCGACAAUUUUUAUUCAAAAAUUUCACAAAUUUAUGUUUUCUGAAAAAAUUAUUUUAUUAUUUCAUUUUCUAAUAUAAACCCCAUAAUUACAUAUCUCUGAAGCCUUUUUUUUCGAGAAAACUUUUUUUUCCAAAUCUCUUAUAAAUUUUGUAAUCAUCUCGAUAUUUUCCGGGUGUUCCUAGAAAACCUCAAAAAUCAAUUAAUCACCAAAGAAUUCACUCAUUUUUUGGCCGCUUGCUCGCCUUUUGGUCGCAAAAAGUGUAAAAUAUAUAGAUAUUCUGGAUCAUAUAUCCACUCUCGUCCCUGUGUUUUUGAACCCCACGAAAUCAAUGUCCACAUCUUCCUCCUACUCUUCUACUUCUUCUCUUCUUUUUUGUUUGAAAAACGAAUAAAUGAUAGAGACAACAACAGUUGGUGAUAUUUUGUGUGUGGAAAAAAGGGGUGGUGUUGUGUGGGGUCGAUGGACAACCAUUCAAAUAGAUUUAGAAACGAAAGAAAAAAUAAUAAGACGAAGAAAAAGAAAAAGAAGAUGAAAAUGAAAAAUAGAAAAAUGACAUGUGCCAUUCUGAAACAAUGUUACAAAGGCAGGAAAUGCUGGUUUUUGAGUGAUAUGAUUUUUUCGAACGUUCCGGAAAAAAAGUGUAUAGAAUUUUUGAACUUUAAAAGUGGAUUUUGACAUGAAAAUCGAUUCAUUUGAAUCAAUUUCAUUUUCAUUUCAGAAGCUCGUAUCCUGGCUAGAAUAAGCCAUUUUCAUAAAAAUUGGGAUCGACAGAACUAGAAUUUGGAUUUGAACAUCUCAAUGUCUGAUCUUGGAUUAUCAGAAUUUUUUUCAGUCUUUUUUUCAAAUUUUCUAUCACAAGAUAGUUUGGGUUCAAACUACAAACAUUUUGAAGAUCUAGAAGCUAGAUUUUUGAAUCUUCAUCUUGAAUUGUUUGAUCUUCUGUCUCGAUGUUCCCAAAAACAAUAUGAUUUGAGUUCAGACUACAAACAUUUUGUAUAAAAUUUUUCAUGAACAUUUAUGUUAGAAAAAAUUUUAAAGUUGAGCUAAUUUUUGCGAAGUCCUUAAUCAGAUAUAAAUUAAAAUAGUUAGACAAAGUAAAUUUGGAACUUUUUUUUACAAAAAAAUUUAUUUCUUUUGUUAUAUUUUCUGUCUGAUUUUUAAAAAUCAAGAAACAUUUAUUGUUUUCCCGAACAUCUGAAAACUCACAUGUUUUGUUCUCCAUCGCAUCUCACACAUGUGAAACCAAAAGAUACCGUAAUUUUUCCAGAUGUUGUUUUUUUCCCUGAAUCUCAAAACCUCUCUAAUUUCUCAUGAUCACGGUAAAACCAAUACACGAAACAUGAAAAACAAUCUUCCGGAAAAGCAACCAAAAUUGAAUUUGCAUUUUGAAAAAAAAAGAAGUUUUUGUCACGACUUGUGAUUCCUGGUUUCUUCUUCUUCUUCUUCUUCUUCGUUUUGCUCCCCCUCAUCCUCCUUUUUGACUCCUUCAAUACAUAUUGUUUUUCUUUUUGUUUCGAGAACACAUGACUCUCGCUAAUUCUCUGUUUUUCCAAAAUUUAGACGGUAUUUGAAACCGUGAAUGAUAGUUUGAGAUUAUCAGUUGUUUUGUUUUUAAGAAAAAAUUUCUUGUUAUUGUUCCCUUUUCGCUCCCGAAUAUUUUUCACUUCAAAGAAAAAUGGCAACAUGAGAAAUCUAGCAAGAAAAGCAAAAACGCAUUGUUUUAUUUGUCAAAAUGAAUUCAAAUAUGCUUUGUCGCCGCAUUUUUUUCUUCUUCCAUCCAAAAUGAAUGUUUGUCGACUUGAGACGAUAUCCAUCCAACUUAUUUCGAAUCAUGUUUUUUUUUCGCUUAUCGAAAAAAUAUUAUAUUUAUCGAAACAAAAAAAAAAGAUACUUGCGCGAUAAAGUGCGUUGAGUUUAUAUUUAGACGAGCGCCCGCAUCUUAUGUUUACUCGAUGAUAUGAUAUUAUAUCUCGUCUCAAAUAUCACCUCCAACAAAUUUUUUUUUGGUCGAAAUCUUUCAGCUUUUUGAUUUAGCGGGGAAAAAAUGAACAUGUGUAGGUAGAUCUUCAUCUCAAAUGCGAUUUUUAAUGUGGUACGGGGGAAUGUUUGCACUUUGGAUGAUGAGAGUUUUUAGAGGUUUACCGGAAGGUAAAUGUGUUUGGGCACAAAAAUAGUGCACACUUUUGGAGUUCUGAAUUUUUGGCGCCAAAAUUUUAACGAAAGUUUUGAAAUUCUAAACUUUCCCGGAGAAAAAAACUUGUGAGAAAUUUCCAUAUAUGUAAUUAGCUAAAGUCAAGUGCUUUUCCUUUCCCUUUAUUUCCUCCCAGUUUAUAAUAAUUUUUCAUAAUGAUCAAUAAUAGUUUCAAACAAGAAUUUCUGGAAACAUGUGUCUGCGUGGGUGCCAAACAUACACUUGAAGAAAUCAAUGAUUAUUAUGAUUAAAGUCUCGAGCUUCCUCUUCUCCUCCUUCAUCUUCCCCUUUUCUUUUAAGUGAUUAUAAUACAUGUAUACAUCGCUCUCAUAGGUCCCGAAAUCUGCAAAGAGAAGACGAAGAGAAUCCUGCGUGGGCGCUCUUCCAACCUGCGUCUCUUCACACCUCUACUCUCUCUCUAUUCCAUCAUUUUGUUCUCUUCUUUAAUUCAAUACACUGUGUAACUACUGGGGGCAAAGAGGGAGGAAGAGAGGGAGAGAGAGAGAGAGAAAGGGGAGGAGGGUAUCUCCCGCAAAUGCCGACACAAACCAACCCUCACUCCACUCAUUUUUCUUGGGGCUCUCGAUUUCUUUUAAUAAUAAUAAUGAAAUAAUAAUAAUUUUUUUGAUUUUUUAAAAUUAUUUUUUGUCUUGUUUCGAUGUUUAUCUUAGCCUUAUAUUUGUGAAACAAGUAAAACAAGUGCUUUAAGAUCUAGACCAUUUCUAAAGAAUUUCCAAAUCAUUGUUUUUUGUUACAGGAAUGCCAGAAGGAAAGGCACCACACUUUCCACAACAACCAGUUGCUCGUCAAAACGACGACGGUUCCUUGGAAUUGGAAUGUUUUGUUGAUGCCUCACCACUUCCAACCAUCAAAUGGUUCUAUGAUAAUGUAAGUUACCCUAAAUCCCCUUUUUUUUUCUUCCUGGACUCCAGGAGGACCUGGAAGCUAUUUGGGCUAUCAAAGUGUUUCUAGAUAUUUUUUGAAUUUAAGAACUACCUCUAGAAAAUUCCAUAUCUCUCCCUUCUAAUAGUACAUCUAUUUGAUAAAUCAAUAAAUCUUCAAAACUUCCUGCAACAGCAUGUUUUUAGCACUUGAACAGAAGCUCAAGUCGCCCUAAACAAAUACGUAUAUUAGUACCACAGCUUUUUUGCUGCAAAAACUUUGAUCUUUUUCUUUCCCAGAAAAUUCCAGCAAAAUUAAAAAUAUUUUUUUUUCAGACUGAAGUGAAAAGCGAGGGUCGAUUCUCACAAAAUUUGCUACAAAAGGGAGGCGACUCAUACUCGGCACUUCUUUCAAUCAAGGUUUGUGUGUUGGGGCUCGGGAGGUUAAAAGAAGAUAAUAGUGUGUAAAGUGAGGGAUGUAUAUCUCUGGAGCAAAAGGAACUGUGGUGUUACACUAAAAUUAUUAUUAUUUAUUUAUUUUUCUAAAAUUCACCGAAAAAAAAAUUAAAUAAUUUUUUUCCAGGAAUUGGCUGAUUCGGAUGCUGGAGCAUACAGAUGUUGCAUUGUGAAUCCACAUGGAAAAGGAAACGCAAAUUUCAACUUGAAAUUGACUGGAUUCUCCUCACCGACAUUCGUUGAGAAGCCACAAAUUUCGUCGCGCGAUGAGGGACAAGUGAUGGUGAUGGAGUUCCGCGCCAAAUCGACACUGACACCAACAUUUGUUUGGCAUCGUCUCAACCCAGGAGGACAGGUACCGCAACCAGAAAAAGACCGUGUGAUUGUUGGAAACGUUUCAGCAUAUGAUGUGAGAAUGAAAAAGAUAUGUUUAUACUAACUUUAAUCUCUCUUGUUUGUUACCUUUUGGAAUUUUUGGAUGUCUGCUUGUUUUCUUGAUGUGUUGCUAAAAAAUUGAUCAGUGUGUUGAUUUGAGAUGAAACAAUAACCACCCCUCAUGAAAUCUUGAUUUUAAUUGUUUUUUGUUUUCAGGGAGGUGAAGAUCUUGUAUCUGAAAACGAGCGAGUCAAGAUUGUCCUUCGCCGCGAGCCAAAUGAUAUCUACUACGCUGCUCUCGAGAUCAAGGAGCCAACCAAAGAAAAAGACGCCGGACAAUUCGUCUGUACCGCCAAGAACGAUUCGGGCAAAUUGACCGCCACAUUCACUGUCAAAUUCGAAGUUCCAGAAGGAGCUCCAUCAUUCACCAGAAAACCACAAAUUCUUCAACAAACAUCAAGCGGAGGUGAACCAGCGAUUUGCUUCGAUAUUGGAUAUACCGCUAGAAUGAACCCAAAUGUGAGUUUGAGCUUUUGAUUUUUUGAAAAUAUAAAUUAAAAAAAUUCUAUUUUCUAGGUCACAUGGAUCAAUCCAAAAGGAAAGAAGGUUAAGGAAUCAUCCCGCGUCAAAUUCAAGACCAACGAUGAAGGAAACGGUAACUGGACUGCUCAAUUGGAACUUACCGUAAGUAUUCUUUCUGAACUUCACACUCAAAUGUGUUUUUUCCAGAACUACAAAGCCAAGGAUUCUGGAACUUACACCUGCAACAUCAAGAAUGACGCCGGAGAAGCCAAUGUUGAACUCACAUUGAACAUCGAAGGACCACUUGAUGAUGGAAAUGAUGACAGCGAGGCUUAA